AUGGACAGCUUUGAACUGGAUCAAGAAGCUUUGCUUCAACAACAGCCAGUUUUCAAGUUAAUGAUAUUGUCUGAUUCAAGGCUUGCGUUGCUGUUUAUGACUGAAUAUGGAGCUCUAGUAGUUGUGUGGGAUAAUGAGUCUUUUUUUGCGAUAGAAGAGAAGAACAAGCACAAGUUUGGUGAUGAGAAUGGAUUCUUGAAGCCGAUGUUGGUAACGUUCGAGGCCAUGAUGCUAAAAGACAGCGAUGGAGCGACAGGUGAAGAAGCAGGAAUUGAACAUGAGUUUAAAACCCUUUUAUUUAACUUAUUGAGGUCGUCUAAGUUUCAGGUAGCGAAUAAAGGAAACAUUUUGAGGACGUUGAGCUUGAUAGUAACCAUCUCAACAAAGCUGAAAGGGGUUUGUGUAAUUUUUCAGUUUUAA